UACCUUGACAACAACACUAGCUGUAUAUAAGGUUAACCGUUUGCGAGACUACUCACACUCUGUCGGUUUGGGCGGUUCAAGCAAGAUAGCACAUUCCACCUCCAAGAUGAAGAUUCUGCUCCCAUUCGUAUUACUAGCAGUUAUAAUACGUUCAACUAACGGAGCGACGUGCGACGAAUGCGCAGCUACCUACGUCACCGACAAAGCGGCUGUGGCUUCUGGGACGGAUGCGGAAAAAUGCACGGCUGCGAAGAAGUUCGCGAUGUGUCUGAUGUCCGCUAGCGGAACCGGAUGCACUAGUGGCGCCAACAUCCCCGCCACACAGUUCGCCUCGGGUGGCACGAUCAACACAGACAUGGCGGCUGUCACGUCGUGCACGUUCGACGCUCUUUGUUCUGGGUGUCAAAUGGCCUAUCAAACUGCUGUUCUUGCCCGCACAACGUCAACAACUAGCAAGCAGAAGUGUUUAGAAGCCUUCACGUACACCCAGUGUGUUGAAGCGUCGGCAUCCACCCAGUUCGCCUGUGAUGGGACUUCGACGAAGGCGACAAUGGACACCAACUCUCUGGCCACUGCUAAAGCUGACUGUCCAUACAGCUCGGCUGUCGGAGUGAAAUCGUCCGUGGUUGUCAUGGCAAUAGCUUUGAUUCUGUCAUGCGUGAAAUUCUGAUUUGUUUGAGCCACAUUAAUUUGUGGCAGUGACAUUUUUUAAUCGGACAGUAUAUAAAAAAACCCCAAAAGUAAUAACCGCUGGUGUUUUUUAAUUGUCUGUGUUUCUGGUAUAGCGAAUUACCCUCUGGUGCACUAUAAUGAAGUAUAACACAGUUAACUAAGGAUAUUAUAAUAUUAUUUUACAGUAUAUGUACUAAGGGAUAUAUGACGUGAAGUACAAUUCACUGAAUAUCAUUUAGAUCACUUUUUGUUUUAGACAAUGAAGAACAAAAUAAAAAAUGUGUGUUGCAAUAAAA